UAACGAAAUCACAGUGGGAAGUUAGUGGUUACGGUAAUGAUACAAUUGGGGAUCUAAAUGAUUAUUGGGUGGUUGAAGUUGUAGAUGAUAUGUAUACAAAGACGGAUCGUAUUAGAUCAUUAACAACACGUAUGAGAUUUCGUCAUAAACAUCUCGGAUGUUAUCUUCGGGCUGCCAAUGCGAUAUUACCACAAUGGGGGUUUAAGCAGGUCGAAGUGACUUGCGAUAAACAAAAUAAUCCAAAGGAUUUACACACUUAUUGGAAUAUAGAGCGACAUUGGAAUGAUUUGCUGCCAAGCGGAGGUAGAGCCAAUUAUAAGUCGAAUUUUUUAAACGAUUUCUGGCAUUUAAAUGUUGCCAUGUAUACAACAAAUAAUGCACUUGUUCCCGAUCCUGAUAAAGAAGAUAUUCUUGCAUCUACACCAGGACAAUGGCCAUUAUUAAAGGUUGGGUUAAGGAUGUGUAGUUGGGCAGAUGACGUAGUUAAAUUUUAUUUACUUGGAAAUCCAGUGGUAUGGUGGUCCGGUACAGCAUCCUUAAUUAUAUUCGUAUUUAUAUUACUUUGGUAUUUAGCAAGAAAACAGAGAGGAUAUAAGGAUUUUUCACCAGCUCAAUGGACACAUUUCUUAUUCGUCGGAAAAGUAUGUGCAAUAGGCUGGUUAUUACAUUAUUUGCCAUUUUGGAUAAUGGGAAGGGUUACAUAUUUACAUCACUAUUUCCCAGCAUUAUAUUUUUCAAUAUUAAUGGCAGCAUUUGUGACAGAUCAUUUAACUAGUUCUUACAUAGCAUUUGGUAUAGAUUAUCCUGCUAGUGAACUUAAAGGUAGGAAAUGGUUUGAAACUUGGAAUAUUGUAGAUUAA